AUGCUUAGCUCAGGUUCUUUUGCUUCUCUCUGCGAUAAAAGGAUAGAAGAAGGAGGCAGAGACACCCGAGAGCUGCACUCUCUACUGCAGCAGCAGCAACAGCAGCAGCAGCAGCAGCAGCAGCCAGCUCUGGCUUUGUGCGAUGAACAGGAAGCUGCAGUAGAGCAUCUAUAUUCAAUAACUUUGUUUACAAUGACUGCAGCAAGCCUAGCUGCAGGGGCACUCAUGGAUAUGUGGGGGCCCCGGAAGACUGCUAUAUUAGGCUAUCUAAUGAGUGUACUGAGUUCUUUUUGUUUGUCUCUUAGCAGCAGAGUAGGCGAUGUUUGUUUAUAUAUUGGGUUUGUGCUGCUAGGCGCAGCAACAGACACUGCAUUUCUACCCCUUCUCACCACCGCAAGACUGUUCAAAGGACAUGAAGCUCUGCUUAUUUGUAUUCUAGGAAGUGCUGCUUCUGCUUCAUUUGGUGUACCGCCAUUGCUUGAGGCUUUAGCUGCUGCUCUUCGCAUGCAGCGCCCUUUACAGAUAUUUGCGGUGUAUGCACUCUUCGGCCCGGGGCUUUGUCUGCUGCUAGCAGCACUCUUCCUCACUAACUCUGGCUUUAAAGAUAAAGAAAGCUAUCAUACCCAACAUAUAGACAAUGUGCUGCAACUCCAACCGCAGCAGCAGCAGCAGCAGCAACAGCAGCAGCAGGGUCUAGACGGUGCAGCAGCAGCAGCAGCAGAAAGGGAGAUUGAAACGGUGGAGGCAGGCGUGCAGAUAGCUGCGCGUACACCCGAGGCAGCGUCUUCUUCUUGGAUUACAGAGAUGUUUUCUGCUGAGUUUCUUCUUGUUGCAUUAUAUUUCAGCGUUGUCUCGUGUGCUAUUGUCUUCUAUCAGGAGGCCCCCAGCCGCUAUUUUACGCCUGAUAUAGUGAAGAUGCUGGAGGCUGUGCUGCCUCUAUCUUUCUUACCUUGUGCUCUUCUAGGGUGGUUAACAGACAGCUGCGGCGUUAUUUGCUUAAUGUGUAUUGUAACAGCCAGCGGAAUAGGGGCUUACAGUUACGCAUUGCUUGCAGACACUCACAAGGUCUUUGGUUGUCUGUCCGUCUUGUGCUUUACUGUCUUUAUAUCUGUCUUUACUAGUCAGGUUUUCGUGUAUGUUGAGAGACGAUUCCCACCGCAGCACUUCGGUAAGGUUAUAGGGGCCCUGCAGCUUAUAGGAGGGGCCGUGGCGCUGCUAUGCAAUCCUCUUUAUUCUGCUGUUGCGGUGUAUCACCAGCUUUCCCUCUCAACUGUUACGCGGUGUAUCAUCGCCUGCCUCGCUGCUCAAUAUAUCUGGCUGUUCUGCCUCUGGCGUAUUCAGAAAACAAAACCAAUACAAGCAAAACAUAAUCAAUGCAACUUACCAACAGGAGAUGAGCAUUUGAUUGAAGACGAAAGAUGA